AUGGGGUCGGAGUAUUCACGAGAAAACCGGGUCAUUAGGUCUUCCUCCACCAACAAUGUCGACGGCGGGAACUGGAUUCUUCUCCACUCAAGCAUCGGCGUCUCGGCCAUGCACAUGCAGCUCCUCAGGAACGGUAAGGUCGUCAUCUUCGACGGCAUCGAGGUGGGCCCCUCCAACCUCACCCUCCCCAACAACCAGUGCCUCCGCAUCACCAACAACCGCCGCCAAGUCGUCACCGACUGCACCGCCCACUCCGUUCUCUACGACGUCAUCUCCAACACCUUCCGCCCCCUCACCCUCCGCACCAACACCUGGUGCUCCUCCGGCUCCGUGGCCUCCGAUGGAACCCUAGUCCAGACCGGCGGCUACGGCGAUGGCAUCCGCAAGAUCCGCACCUUCUCCCCCUUCUGUAUCCAAUACCAAAACGACGUCGUCGUUUCCGACGGUUCUUCGUCCUGCGACUGGACCGAGUUCGCCGGCAUCAGUCUUGCCGAUCGGAGAUGGUACUCGUCCAGCCAGGUCUUGCCCGAUGGCCGCCUCAUCAUCGUCGGAGGACGACAAGCCUUCUCCUACGAAUUCUUUCCCAAGAACCCGCAAAACGACAGAUCGUUUUACCUCAGAUUCCUCUUCGAGACGAUGGAUCCUUACGAGGAGAACAAUCUUUACCCGUUCUUGCACCUCUUGCCCGACGGAAACCUCUUCAUCUUCGCCAACAACCGCUCCAUCUCCCUCGACUACAACCGAAACCGGAUCGUUAAAGAGUUUCCGAUCAUCCCCGGCGGUUACAAGCGGAGCUACCCGAGCACCGGCUCCUCUGUACUCCUCCCUCUGAGGCUGCACGCCGACGUGGCGAUCCCGGAGGCGGAGGUCAUAAUCUGUGGUGGGUCACAGUCCGGUGCUUUUACCAUGUCCAACAAGGCUAGGGUUUUCUUGCCAGCGGCGAGGAGCUGCGGGAGAAUUAAGGUCACCGAUUCGGACCCGAAAUGGGUGAUGGAGUACAUGCCGAUGCCACGUGUCAUGCCGGACAUGCUGAUCCUCCCCACCGGCGACGUUAUAAUCAUUAACGGCGCGGGUAACGGAACCGCGGGCUGGAAUGACGCCGUUAAUCCGGUUCUCAACCCUGUUCUUUACCGGACCGGGAAGCGGUACGGGAGAAGAUUCUCGGUGCUGAACCCGACGGCGAUCCCUAGGAUGUACCAUUCGUCGGCUGUUCUUCUGCCAAGUGGGGGGAUAUUAGUGGGCGGAAGCAACCCACACAGGAAGUACAACUUCACAGCGGAUCUUUUCCCGACGGAGCUGAGCUUGGAGGUUUACCAGCCGUACUACUUGGACACACAGUACGCGAGCAUGCGGCCAUCGAUCCUGACCAUUGAAACGAACAUGCAGGUAGUAUCGUACGGCCAGAUGUUCUCGGUGACUUUUGUGCUGCCUAUGUACCGUCCUAUUCCUGGAGUCUCGGUGGCGCUCGUAACGCCGUCGUUUUCGACGCACUCGUUCGCGAUGAACCAGAGGAUGUUGGUGCUGGACGUGGCUGGGUUCGAGAGGUUGUCGAUCGUGGCCUACAAGAUCACGGCCCAUGGCCCACCAACCAGCGCGGUGGCCCCACCCGGAUAUUACAUGCUCUUUUUGGUUCACUCUGGAGUUCCCAGCGAAGGUGUUUGGGUCAAAGUGGAGUAA